AUGCCCCCUGCCAUAAGAAGAGAGUUCCUUGCAGCCGGUCACAAAGGGCUACAUGACGUGCCUUACGUAGUGAUCGGAGGCAGCGCCCUUGCCGAGCAUGGUAGUCCUCGGACGACUGGCGACGUCGACGUCCUCGUGGGCGAUGGCUGCUCCAAACGCUCGGCCGAAAGCCUUCUAAUCAAGCGUACGGAGGGACGAUUGGUUCGUCUGGGGCAUGGCAAGGUGGGCUUUCGAGCCUCGGAUGGCAAUGCAUACCCACUCGACCUCUCUGAGGACCACGAAGUAGAUCUUAAGUUUUAUCAAGCCAAGGACACAAUCUCAGCGAAGAACUCGACCGGAGUGAAGCUCGCAAACUUUGUCUUUUUGCUCAACUCCAAGGCUCACGCGUGGCAAACUCGUGUCCCAUUCGAGCCAAGGUUUCAGGAGAAAUGUCGAAACGAUGCAGAAGACAUCCUCUUUUGUCUCAAACAGCUCAGAGGGAGGCGUGGCAUUGACCGCGCAGAAAUUCCAUGGAUCUACACAAACGAAUUCUGGAAUCAGUUCAUUCAGAACAACCCUCAGGCCCGCCCACUGUUCACGGCCGCGGGGCUCUGGACCGACGAAACCGUAUUUAUGGCCAGCCGAGGUACCAGCGCUCGAUCUAGCCUUUCGAGCUUUGCAAGCCCAUGGACACAGCCCGGCACGCCUGCAAGGCAGGACUCCAAUCUGAGCCAGGCAGGCUGGGGUAGUGCACAGGGCAGCCGGGCUGGGAGCAUGGGAAUCCCCAACAGUAGGCAGGCAAGCAUUGAUAGCUAUAGAAGCUGA